AUGGACCCCUCAGGUCCCGACAGCAGUUCCGAAGGGCUGUUCGAAGGCAACCUUCCUCCCUCGCCCUCACCCGCUUCAAGGCUGACAUAUCCCGCUUCACCCAACGACGUGCCCACAUCUUCCAGUCUUGCCUUCCGACCACCACCUCGACCAGGUUCGUCCUUGCGCAAGGGCAGGAAGAGUGACUUCAACACUCCCGCACCGCCUCCGCUUCCCACAGCACCCAUGUCUGGCUACGAGCACCGCCCUCUCGCCGACGCUACCAACUUCGGCUCGCUUCACAACAGGAUUCGCGACGCACCCAUGCUUUCUUCACCUUCGAAGACCGCCGUCCAUUCCGGUGGAUCUGCUACCCCAAGUCGCCAAUCGUCCGAAGCCGGAAAGACUGUCGACUUGACACGUGUGGUCCGCGAACGUCUGCAGGUCUUGCGCGAGGAGAAUGAGAGUCAAGUCAACUCCGCCGGUCUCCUGGGUCAAGGUCUACUAGAGCUGCGCGGCAAAAUCGAAUCGCUGAUGGAUGAGCUCGCUGAAGAGCUCAGCGCGGCUGAAGACCAGUCCGAAGACAGCCAUGGUGGCAAGCCAGGCAAUGCAAGGAUCCGUGACCUCGGCGAAAAGAUCGAAGCAGAAAUCGAGGACCUCGAGAGGCAAAAGCAGAAGCUCUUCUCCGAGAUCACUGCUCACAGCGCCGACGUUGCCAAUGGCCAUGUUGACGACACCUCCGUGCUCAGCCUUUCCGAGACUCCCUCCAAAGCUACACGCGUCGCUGAUGCCAUUCGCCACCUCACCGCCACUCCCGGCAAGUCGCCAGCCGCAUCUACAGGUUCGACACCUCGACAGACCGACCGUCGCAGCCGCAACGCUGCUGCCCGUCAGGCCAAGGCCGACACUGACCUCAUCAACGAGAUCCAAGCCGGUCUUGUGCAGGAAGUGCGUCGACUCCAAAGCUUGCUCAAGGAGCGUGACGACCAGCGUGUCUCCCUCGAACGGUCUCACACCGAGCUUGAAAAGCAGCUCGACCAGUACAAGCCUCGUGUCAUUCAGAUGACCGAGACUGAAGAUGCACUCAAGCAGGAGAACUGGGAUCUCAACGUCUCCAAGCAGAACCUCGAGGAGCAGCUCUCUCAGAUCAAGUCGGCACUUAAGAAGGCCGAGCUCGACAAUGCCCGUCUCAACAAGCAUGUUACCAAGGCGCGUGAAACUGUCGACUCGCAGCGUCUGCAGAUCGAUGGCCAUGUUGCCGAGAUCGAACGUCUCAACAAGUCACGCGAAACCGAAAUCGCUCUUGCUCGAAGAGAGCGUGCCGGCAUGCAGCGAGAUGUGUCGGACCUUCAGAGCGAGCUGCACAAGUUCCGCAACCAGCAACCAAACAACGGCGGUGUUUCUCGCAGCGUCUCCAACAGCUUCAUGUCCGAUGUAGCCAACGACGAUGUCAACGGUGAUGCCGAUGCCCUUGCUGCUCGAUUGCGUGCUGCUUCCGGUGAAGCACCCCAAUCUCCUAGCGAGUCCAUCUACUCGACGGAUGGUGCGGUUCUCUCGCCUCUCGGCAACCGUCUUGGCCGGGACAAGGAGACGCAGGACUUGCGUGCCAAACUUGCCAUGGCUCAACGCAAGGCAGGCAAGGAUGCUGCCGAGAAGCGACGCGUUCGCGAGAAGAACGCUGAAUUGUCCAAGCUGCUCGUCAAAGCUGGUGUCAAGGUCCCACAAGGGCUCGUCGACGAUGCUGAAACCAGUGAGGACGAAGAACUGCACUGGGUGGACGAGAACGACGUCCACAGUCCCUCUGCCAAGCGUCUCUCCACUCUUCGUGUCAGCCGCCCCGCUUCCUCCAUCCGACCUCGCUUGGGUCGCAAGAUGGGCAUGGUCUCGAGCAACUCGACCGACUCUGUCGUCGAGUAUGCCGAGUUCGAAGACGACUCGCACGUUGGCACACCGCCUGGUCCGGAUGAUGCAUCGCCCUCGCGCGCCAGCCUCGAAGGCAUGGACCCGGCCUUUGCGGAUUUCAAUCGAUCCGACCCUGCCAAUUCCAGCAUCGACAGCAUCACUUCUCGUAACGCGCCGCGAGGCCACCGCUCUCGUUCUUCUAUUGGAAGCAGCCCUCUCGCUCGCAAUGCUCACUUGCCGCAAGAAGGCGACGAACAGGAGAGCCCCUCGCAACAACGUGUUUUGCCGAAGGGUGGACGACGAAGCGGAGCCGCUGUUCGCCUGGCUUCUGCGGAGUACGAGCCAAGCGCACUCGGCAACGAGCUGGGCGGUCUUGCAGCUGAGCUUGAGCAGCACGACAUCCGCGAGAUGCUCGAAUCGAGCAUGCAGACCGAUGAUCUACCAGACCUUAUCGCUCCAGCACUGGCCAAGCGCGAGGAGGAACAUAAGGCGCAGAUUGCAUUGAUCCGAAGCGAGCACGACGACGCUAUCAAGGCCAUCCACGCCGAGCACUCUGCAAAGGUGUCAGCAUUGCAAGGUCAGCACACCGAGGCAAUCACAGUACUCAAGCAGGCGCACGAGAAGGAGAUCGACAAUUUGACCUCUACCCACGAGAAGAGCUUAGCCGACAAGGACGAGGGCCACGCCGCGCAAAUGGAGGCAGCUCUCGCAGAGCGUGCCAAGGUCCACGACGCAGCCCUUGCAGAGGCCCGUUCGCGUCACUCGCAUGCGUUGGCAGAGCAGGUGGCCGCCUCUAGCGCCGCCCUUGCCGCCGCUGUAGCCUCUCACAAGACCUCCAGCGAAGAACACGAGCGCAAGGUCAAGGAGGAGAGGGAACUCAAGGAAGCUUCUCACACCUUUGCCCUCUCCCAAAAGGACCGUCAGCAUCAGGAAGCCCUCGAUGCGCUUAAGGUAUUGCAUGCUGAUGCGCUUGGACGUCUUCGUGAAGAGCACAAGCAGAUCAUUGCCAUCCGUGAAAAGGCGCUUGAGGAGGCUGAUGCACAGUUGAUUGAACGGGAGAAGGCGAGCAAAGAGGCCUCCGAGUCGCAUGCAGCCGAGAUUGCCGCUCUGCAGGAGUCUCUCAGGCAAGCAGUUGCCAAGCAUGAGAAGGCGAAGAAGGAACUUGCUGAAUCGCACGCAGCGGCUAUCGCUGAGUUGCAGCAACGUCAUCAGGAAGAAUUGGGCAAGCACGAGGCGUCCAACAAAGAGCUCGCUGCUUCGCACGCUUCCGAACUCACCAAGCUUCAAGACAAUCACCGAGAUGUGCUCGCCGAGCAUCAGAAGACCAACCAGGAGCUCUCCGCUUCGCAUGUUGCCGCUGUUGCCGCCCUGCAAGACAGCCACCGCGAAGCUCUCGCUGACCGUGACGCUCAGCUGGCCACCUCCAAGCAGCAGCUCGAGGCACGCGACCAGGAGCUUCGCGCCGCCAACGUCGAGAUCGAGGAGCUCCAAAAGAGCAUUGCUUCGCUCCGUACCGAGACCGAGCAGCUCAAGCAGCAGCUCGCCGAGCUCCAGAAGACGCACACUGCUACUGAGCGAGAGCUCUCCGAGACCAAGUCCAACCUCGACAUGAUCAACGACAAGGUCCGAAGGCAGGAAGAUCAGGCUCGUGAACUGGCCCAUCAGCGAGAGGCUGAAGCCACUGCUGCAGCUGCUGCCGUCGCAGCUCGAUCUGAAGCAUUGACCGCUACCGAGACGCAGAAGGAGCAACUCGAAGCCGCCCAUGCUGUUGCUGUUGCUCAGAAGGAGCGCCAGCAUCAGGACGCUGUCAAGGAGCUUGAAGACCGACACGACACUGUGGUUGCUCAGAUCCGUGCCGAGCACAAGCAAGCUCUCGAGGGCCGUGACGAGUCUGUCCAGAGGCACAAGCAGCUCGUUGCUGAGCGAGAACAGGAGCUCGAGAAGCAGCGAAGUGAAUUGCAGAAGACGCAGAGCAAGAUCCAGGCUCUCGAGCAACAGCUUGUCAGCGAACGCGAGCGUGCAGCCGAGGCGCAGCGAAGCGAAGUCGAGAAGGCCCAGGCCAGGAUCCAGCAGCUCGAGCAACAACUCGUCACCGAGCGAGAACGUGCAGCCGAACAGCAACGCAACGAGGUCCAAAAGGUACAGGCUCAGAUCGUCGUGCUCGAGCAGCAACUUGUCAGCCAGCGAGAACAGGCUCUUCAGGAUCACAAGAAGGAGGUCGAGAAGAUCCAGUCACAGCUGCAGACUCGGGAGCAACAGCUCACCAGCGAGCGCGAGCUGGCAAUUGGACAGCAGCGUGGCGAGGUCGAGAAGGUUCAAGUUCAAGUUCAGUCUCUCCAGCAACAGAUUGCAAAGCUGCAAAGCGAGGCCAGCACAGCACAGCAAUCUCGUACGACCGCCGAAGCCAACUUCAAGGGAUCUCAGAAUGCCUACUCGGUCCUCCAGAAGCAGCACGACGAGGUCAAGGCCAACGUCACUUCGCUCCAGUCCAAGGUCCGCUACCUCGAGUCUUCCAUCGCUGCUCAGCGCUCUUCUACUGAGCAGAACCGUAUUGCUUCUGACAAGGAGCUGCAGACUAUCCAGUCGGCGCUCAACACGGCUCAGAAGAAGGUGCGCGAACAAGAGGCUACCAUUGCCAAGGCUGAGGCUGCUGCCGCAGCUGCCCUCGCCGCAGCUGCUGCCGCCGAAGCACAGUUGCAGGCCAAGAACGAGGCGGCGAUGGACACCGAGAAUGAGGCUGACGAUUUUGAGGAUGCUGUCGAGGCUGCUCAAGCUCCGACGCCCGAGGUCGUUCAAGAAAGGGAGUUUGCAACACCGAAACCUCCCGCCAUCGAGCUGAAGGAGUCGUCAUGUCAAACUGACGACGAGGCUUGGCAACGCUUCCAGCAGCAACGCAACGCAGCCGUUGCGAACGAGCCUGUCUCGCCCCUCCAGCCUACGAGCGAGGCCGUUGCUGCUCAGAAGAAUCUGGUCAUCCUCGGUGGGUCUUCGAAUCGCCCUCGUGACUCGGUCGGCACUUUUGGAGGCGAACACGCUUCCUCGCCUGCCGCUGUCAUGUUCGGUACUGACGCCUUCGCUAGCCAGAACCAGAGCCGCAGGCCCUCAGUCGACUCCACAUGGUCGCGACACACGGACAGGAACGAAGCUAUUCCUCCCGUCCCGCCUCUCCCUGACAAGACCAAGGCACCGAUCAUGUCGAUGCCACCACCGCCCUCGAUGCCUCCGCCUUCGAUGACGAAAAGGAAUGUUGGCCAAGCACCGCCGCGGCCCACAUCGCCCCCUCCCGCGGACUUGUUGACGCGCGCUCAGCAGCGUCACCUGCAGGUGCCUCCCGGAUCGAGCGAGCAAUCUCGAUCUGUCUCACGAGCUUCUGGCCGCAGUGGCCCACCGCCCAGCGCCUACCCGUCCAGCAGCCGUGCUCGUCAGCAGAGCUCUGGCACUGGCAGCAUGCGAUCGCGAACCUACUCGAAUGAUUCGCAAGCCAACACAAACCCUCUCGAUGCUAGCAUCUACAGCAACUUGGCUUCCGGUCGCAAGAGCGUCGGCUCUCGCAAGUCAGCUGCUCGCCGACCUGCGACGGGUCCUCGCCAGUCCUCUGCCGCUUCGUUCGUGUCGGAUGUCACGUCGGAGGUCAGCCGUCGCCUGUCGACGAUGUCCUCGCGUGCUUCUGAGGCCGAUGCCGGGGACGAGACCUUUGUGGCCCGCGGUCAAGGUGCUGGCGGCAAAGCACACGCUCAGCGCGGUCUCUCCGAGUUGGGCGCUGACGCGACGGACCCUGCUAUCAUCCACGCCAUCACUCAGACCAUGAUUGGCGAGUACAUGCACAAGUACACGCGCAAGUCAAUGGGCCGAGGCGGACACUCUGAAAAGCGGCACCGUCGCUACUUCUGGCUCCACCCUUACACCAAGAUGCUCUACUGGACUAUCAGCGAUCCUGGUGGGGCCAAGGUGUCAGAGGGCACCAGCAAGAGCGCUUCGAUCGAAGCCGUCCGGGUGGUGGAAGACAGCAACCCCAAUCCGCCCGGCUUGCACCACGAAAGCAUCAUCAUCACCACAGCUUCACGUGAGGUCAAGGUCAGUGCACCUAGCCGCGAGCGACACGAUGCCUGGCUUGCCGCUCUCGAGUACCUUGUACACCGACCUACGAUUCAGGAGGCAACGGUGAUCGCCAGCAAUGCUGCACCCGAGCUGUUGAGCGAUGCUGAGAACGACGCCACAUUGAUCGCUCGAAGUGCAGGAGGCAGGACGAAGCCUCAUGCUUUAGCAGCGACAUUGGGCAGCUCAUCGAUUAUGGGUUCACGGAGACUUUCGGCUCAACGCAGCUUCUUGACUCGCCGAUCGUCGGAUCAGGUUUUGCGCACCGAGUCAACCCCGCGUCGACGCCAGGGAAGUGUUGGAGCUCAAAGCGUUCUCUACCCUUCGCUGGGCAAACGUCGUGAUGUUGCCGCCAAAGAAUGGCUGCAGCAGCACGAGCACGAUCGAGAGAUGUCGGUCUCGAUGUCUCCCAGUGAGAGUCUGCGAGGGGCCAUCUACUCUGCUAGUCUCCGAAGCGCCGAGGCAGCUGAAGAAGAGUACGAUUUUCUCGAUCUCACUGCGACUCAGUCAGCCAUGCGACGUGCACUCGCCAACGAUGAUCCUCGACUCAAAACAGCAGAACAAAUGCUGGAAGAAGACGAACCAGAAGACUGGGAUGGACUGACCAACGUUCGUGCCUGUUGUGAUGGCAAACAUGACGUCGGAUCACUCGCUCACAACCACACUCACCAGCACAGACCAGGAAGUGCUACAGGCAGUCGUAAAUCUACCCGUCUGCAUCGACGCGAGUUUUCGGGUGGAUCGAGAUUCUCUUCUGUCGGUCUGAAAUCGAAGCUUGAUGCUGCUGUCAGAGCUGCAGAGGAAAGAGAGGCUCAACAGCAACCACCUGUACCACGUCUUCCUGCUUCAUUGUUGCCCAACGGCGUAGGGACGGGGAGGAUCGUGAGGGAGAGCAUGGACAGUCAAGCUUCCGUCUCAAUGCCUACGAAUCAGGCUGGAGAUAGGUUGAAGAUUGUCGAUGCCAACUUUGCGAGUGUGUUUGGUGAGCCUGUUGCGGCUAAUGCAAAGGCGAGUGGGAGUGGAGCGCCGAGUUACGGAGAGAGAAUUGGUCAGAUUAGGAAAGCGAGACAGUCUGCUGGUAGUACCAAGUAG